AUGUAUUCAAAUCCCGCCGCUCGAAAGUCCAUCGACAGCCUUGCCUCGCCCACGUCGCCGCUCACCCACCGGACAGACUUUCCGUUCCACAGCGGAAGGCAUGGCUCUGUCAGUACCAGACGGGGCUCGACCGCGAGCUCCUCGCACUCGGUCGGCGGCGCAUUAGAUCCGGGCAGCUGGGGCAGCAGCAACACCAUGUUGGAAGCAGGACAGAAUGCCAUAUCUACCCUUCUGCAACCUCCCAUCGUCCGAACCGGCCUCGUUCCUCACACGACCGCUCCCGCUUCUAGCGCCCACAGGCCGCCGACAGUCAGGGACAUACCCCCGGUGACCUUGACCAAUAUUCAGAAAGUCAACCCGGCCGAGUUCCAGCCCUACCUGAAGCAAGUCGGCGCCCUUUACUCGCAGCUCAAACAAGUCAAAGCGAGCGAGGAGGAGGAUAGCCUGCAUCGCAACAGCCGUGGAAAGGCAGAUGAGCUCAUGGAGCCCUUCGAAGACAAUCGUUUGCGCCCGGGAAGGCGGCCGCAGCGUUCUAGACAGGCGUCCAUUUCCUCAAUAUCAUCCUGGACAAACGCAGAUGCACCAAGCCCCGUGCGAAGGUCCAGCUCGGGCUACGCUAGGAAAUCCGCCCAAGGUCCGCCACCGCUCUCCACAAUUCCGCUGGUCUACUUUGAGGAGGAUUUUCACCUGGAAAACCCCAGAACAUUCGAUGUCGUGAGCGAGAGGUCUGAGGUGGUGCGCAAGGAGGACAAGGCUUCGAAUGGAGACGCGCCCGCACCUCGGAAGACCUUGUCCACGAAUGCAAUCCUGCAGGAGAAGUUGUCAUGGUAUAUGGAUACCAUCGAGAUGCAUUUGAUCUCGUCAAUAUCUACGGCUUCGACCACAUUUUUCAGUGCUCUGGGCUCAUUGAGGGAACUUCAUACAGAGGCAGCAGAGUCUGUGGAGAAAAUCAAGACAUUGAGGCACGAGCUCGAGGCUCUGGACGAGGAGAUAGUACUAAGUGGGCUCAACACCAUUCAGCAGCAACGGCGGCGUGAGAAUGUGCAGCAACUUCAUCAUGCUGUUCUGCAGCUGAAGGAGAUAUUGAGUCAAUUGGUGAAGUGCGAGUCGCUGGUUGACGAGGGAAAUGUCGACGCAGCCCUUGACAGCAUCGACUCCCUCGAACGCCUCAUAGCCGGCGACGAGGACGAGUACAGGCCUCCAACCCCUGCGUUACGGGAUGUCCAACUUAUUGAUCUCCGAACUGCCACCGCGCUCCAGGGUGUCAGUGAUGACGUGCAUAGCUUACGAUCGCGAAUUGGAAAGGCUUACGAGACAAAAUUCGUGACGAGUCUCAUGGCUGACCUCCGACGUCAUGUGGGAGAAGUGUCAACCCAGGAGGUUCUCAUGCGCUGGAAUACUGCGUCCAUGCGAGCUAGAGGCGGCCGGACUCGUGAGGCAUCAGCGUUCCCGUCAUAUUUGGGCUCUACCGAUGACGUGCGGGCAAAACUCAUCGAGAGCCUGGCAGGUCUCUACAGGGCGAAACAGAUCGGGGUCGCCGUCACAGCAUACAGAGAAUCUGUGAUUAAGGAGAUCAAAAGUCUUGUGAAGCAAGGUUUGCCCAGCUCAAACGACGAUGACAACAUGUCCGUAAUGUCUGCUUCUACUGCUACUGGAGGCCGGCAUCUCUCCCAAAGAGAGAAGUCUUCGAUCCUGGCGCGGAAUCUGCGCGCCAUGGACCCUGGUGACGCAGAGGAGUUGCUGGUAAAGAUUUACGUCAGUGUAACCGAAACCUUGAGGAGGGCAUCGAUACAGGUCAAGGUGAUGCUGGACGUCGCAGCAUCUAUUGAGGAUGGGUCGAUCCCAUCCGGUCUCAAGUCCCCGCCCAUCAAAUCACCCCCUUUGAGUCCAACAGGAAGAAGACAGUCUGUCGCGGGGCUUGAGGCCCAGGAGGAGAUUCACAAGGUCAUGGACCUAUCCUCACUUCUCGGUAAUUGUAUUGACAUAGCUCAAGACAAGGUCGUGAGGGUGCUACGGGUCCGGUCCGAGCAGAGCACGCAUCUGGAACUGGUCUGGUUCCUUCGCUACUUCACUCUCAAUCUUCACUUCGCCAACGAGUGCGAGUCAAUAUCUGGUAGGGGAGGUACACAACUGAAAGACGAGGUCAAUGAUCACAUCAAAAAGUUUGUCGCAAGCAAUGGAGACCGCGAGCAGCAAAAGCUGGCUCAGGGUAUGGAAUCCGACCAGUGGGGCGCGAUCGACUUCACUGAGAACCACACUGCUCAACUCAACCGGAUCCUCGAGUGCAGUACGAGUGAUCCGAAUGACUGGACUCUCGGCACGCAAGUCUGGAUCCCAUAUCCUGACGAGGACGAAGAGGUCAAUGGUGUUGAAAAAGCAUCCCAAAGCAACGGCUCAGGCAAGUCCAAGGCCGUCAUCGAUUCCGAGUCCUUCGUGCUGCCAAACUCUGCCGUAUACUGCAUGGAGGGCAUGUCGAACUUCCUGCACCUAAUCGUCGGCAUUCCAUCCAUCACCUCAGACAUCGCGAAGUCUCUUGUGAAAUACCUACAAUUUUUCGACUCCCGCUGCAAGCAACUCAUCCUCGGGGCCGGUGCUACAAAAUCUGCUGGCCUUAAGAACAUCACCACUCGACAUCUAGCCUCGUCUUCACAGGCCCUAUCCUUCAUCGCCACAUUAAUACCCUAUGUCCGCGAAUUCAUCCGGCGGCAUGGUGGCUCGGGCGGGGCUGCUUUAAUGGCAGAUUUCGACAAGGUCAAGCGGGACUACCAAGAACAUAUGCAAACCAUUUUUGAUAAGCUUGUAGAAAUCAUGAGCGGAAGAGCUGGCGCACAUGCCAAGACCGCGAGGGCGAUUGAAUGGGACAAGGACCAGAAGAGCCCACACCCUUACAUCGAGACACUCGUCAAGGAAACGUCACUGUUGCACCGCAACCUCGUCAAGCACCUGUCCGAAGACACCGUGCGCAUGAUCAUGAUCCCCGUCUUCAGCAGCUUCAAGGAGCAGUUCGGAUCCGCGUUCCAGGAGGCGGAUCCAAAGACUGAGGCUGGUCGGGAUAGCAUGCUGCGCGACAUGCAGCUUUUCAAAGCGAAGCUUGAGCACAUCGAUGGUUUCGGCGACACGGGUGACUACUUGGUUGGGAUCAUCAACUCGAAACAGGUCAAGAGCGUCUCCCCGCCUCCGAGUGAGACCAAGAGCGAGGAGAACGCCACAGCGAAGGACACGUCAGAGGGCAAAGACGCAAAAGAAGACGGCGAGAAGAAGGAGCCCACGGAAGCGGGCGAGGCCCUGAUCACACAAAAUUCUGAGCUUCUGCCUCUUUGCCUGUCGGCUCGCGCUGUCUUCAACGCCCAGAGUGAGCAAAUACAGGACUACCUAAAGCACGACAGCAAGCCUCCCUCACGGCUCGACUUGCCCAAUACCACCGUGAGAAUUUCGGCUCGUCCCGACAACACCAAGGGUCCAAAGUGGCUGGGCUGGUUUGCCCCGGAUCAUGGAGUCGUCCCACAGCCAUCGGCACUCGAACCACGCAGCUUCCCGCACACGAACCUGGCUGAAGCCAUGCGGUUUCAAGGCCAUGCAGUCAGGGAACAAGACGUGGCCAAGCCCUUCUGCGGGUGCGAGGCGACACGGCAGCAGCAGCGCGUCGGCGCCGUGUCACUGGUCACCAGGGGUUGGGUCGGGUCCGGUGUCCCAGCAGGUCGGACGGCUGGGUCUGCCUGA